GUGUUUCGGUUUUUUGCAUCAGUGGAAGCAGCAGGAGAUCGUUCGUCGGCCUCUCCGAGGAUUUUACACCAACAGCGUUAUCUUUUCCGUUCAAAUCGAGUUUGUAUCUUGGCAAGUUCACUUCGUGUGUGCGCGUUUUGCGGGGGUUAUUAUCCAAUAAAAGGAAAAUCAAUUUCUGGCAGCUCUUGCUAAUCUAGCAUUUCAAGUUGGAAUUUCUGGAGUGACCGUUUUCUAGGGUGUGUUCCGGGUUCAACUUUUGAACGUCGCUUACCACAAAUUUCGGUGCUUCUGUUGGUCUCCCGAGGUGUUGCGAAGAAAACCAAUCAGAUUCAUUUGAUGCCGUGCUGAAAAUCCAGUUAGGUUUCCUAUAGGUCGCUUUGUGGCGGCGGUGGAAGAAGAGAAGGCGAAUCGAUAGGCGAAAAAAAGUGAGUGGCUCGAAGAAAGACGCAGCAAAAGUUGAGGCCAGGCAAAAGGCAAAGUGCUGCAAUCGUUUCCUAGUGCGAUCCGUAUCGUCUCUAUAGUGUGUGGGGUGCUUCUUUUUGUGUGCUGGCAGCAUCAGCCGAAGAAAAGUGUUUAGCAGUGUAAUAGUUCAAGAAGAUUUUGCUCUUCCGGCCAAGUUGGUGGUGGACAGCUCCUUUGAAAACUUGCACGGGAACCUAUCGUCACUGUGACACUGUGGACGAGACUCUGGGACUCCGGAGGUGACUGAAUACAAUUGGGUUCGACUGGCUGAAGAACACAUACCUUUACUCCCGCCACGGUAUCUUUGCUCUGCAGGGGAGGAAUACAGACAUUACGUAGCAGCGCAACAUCAGUAGUGUUUGAUUGUGAAAAAAAGAAGUAAUACUCGCUCAGUGUAGAAAGCAGAAUCGGUUUGUUUGAUUGAUCGGUUUCUUCGUGCAAUUGGCAGGCAGGAAAAUUGAAGAAAAGUUUGCAUAAGGUGAUUUGUGUGCGGUGAAAGUGAUAACAGAACGAAGAGUCACUUGUUUGUUAGUUGGAAAAUUGAGAAGUUCGAACGUGUAAGUAACAAGUGACGCAUAAUCACGGCGCAGAACAAAGGCUCUGAGGUGCUAAUUAGGUAGGUGUUCUAAUCAGGAGGAGAAAACAUCCAGCAUCAGUCGCUCGCAAUCGCUUGAGCGGGAACGUCAAUUUUUCGCGCUGUGCCCGGUUCUUUAAAACAGCCUCAAAAUUAGUAACAUCAUGGCUUUCGCUGGUCUGAAGAAGCAGAUCAACAAAGCGAAUCAGUAUGUCACAGAAAAAAUGGGCGGUGCGGAAGGCACCAAGCUGGACCUGGACUUCAUGGAAAUGGAAAGAAAAACAGACGUCACGGUAGAACUGGUCGAAGAGUUGCAAGCAAAAACGAAAGAAUACUUGCAACCGAAUCCGACGGCCAGAGCGAAGAUGGCAGCGGUCAAAGGUAUUUCUAAAUUAUCAGGUCAAGCUAAAAGUAAUACUUAUCCACAACCAGAAGGUAUAUUGGCCGACUGUAUGCUGACAUACGGUAAAAAGCUCGGAGAAGACAGUAUCUUCGCCGGUGCCCUCGUUGAGAUGGGCGAUUCGCUCAAGCAGAUGGCCGAUGUGAAGUACUCGCUCGAUGACAAUAUCAAGCAGAACUUCCUCGAGCCACUGCAUCAGCUGCAGACCAAGGAUCUGAAGGAGGUCAUGCAUCAUCGCAAAAAACUGCAAGGACGACGUCUUGAUUUUGACUGCAAAAAGCGACGACAAGCCAAAGGAUCUCAAAUUACAGAUGACGAAAUCCGGAGCGCUGAGGAGAAAUUCGCCGAGUCACUGCAGUUGGCUCAGGUUGGAAUGUACAAUCUACUGGAGAAUGAUGUAGAGCAGGUUUCACAACUAGUCACAUUCGCAGAAGGAUUGUUGGAGUUCCAUUCACAGUGCGCCGACAUCCUGCGGGUACUCGUCGAAACAUUGAACGAGAAACGAGAGGAAGCCGCCAGCCGUCCAAAGUCGGAAUUCGUCCCCAAGACACUAGCGGAUUUGAACAUCGAAACGCUCGGUUCCCAGGACGGAAUGAAUGGUGGGCCACAUUUCCUUAAUCCCAAUAGAGUAAACAAUUCCCAUCAUCACAUGUACAGUUCUCAGCAAAAUUUAUCCACCCACCAACACGGAAAUAGCAACUAUUACAGCAGCAACAACAACAACAACAACAACAACAAUAAUAGUAACUUUAAUCGGAACAAGCUAUACGGGUCACAGCAAAGCCUAUCGUCGCUUUCGACAAGGAGUGGCGGGGCCGGUAGUACCGGUGGCAGCGGCGGCGGUGGUGGCGGAGGAAUUCGUGACCGUAACGAUCCGUUUGUAAAACCUCCCCCGUACGGGUCACUUUCUACCCAGGAAAAUUCGUCCGGAGCUUCCGUCGACAGCUGGCUGAAUGCGUGGGAUCAGCCGUCUAGUGCGGUGCCCCCGGCUGCCACCGCCGCCGGUUCCGCCGCACGUGGCUAUAACCAGGGCAAAUUUUCGAACUUUAACAGCAGUAACAACCAGAACAACAACAGUGUGUAUAAUACUAGCUCCACCACUACUACCACUUUCUCCACUAGCAAGUUCGGGUCAAAAUUCGCUAACACCACCACCAACAACAACUUUAACGAUCCCUGGUCAGGCGGUUCAUCAUCGCGUCUCAAUUCGCCGGUCAAUAAACCGACUCAUCUGGAACUUUUGGGUAACGGUCAAGCGCAGGCGCGUUCCACCAAUGCUUCGCCAUUGCCAUCGCCAAUGCGGUCACCAGCGAGGACGCCGAUGCCUGCCAAGCCAACGCAACCCUGCUGUACGGCGCUGUAUGAUUUCGAACCAGAAAACCCGGGAGAGCUGGGUUUCAAGGAAAACGACGUCAUCACGCUCAUCCAGCGCGUGGACGAGAACUGGUUCGAAGGCAGCGUCAACGGCCGGACCGGCUACUUCCCCCAGUCGUACGUGCAGGUCACCGUUCCAUUGCCCUAAGCUGCUAGCCGCCAAACCGCAGGUGCAGAUAGGUUACGGGCGUUUUUCGUCAACUAGGUUUUUAUCAUUAAUCGGUUUUCGAAUUUCUAAUUUUUUAAAUUUUGAAAUCGUAAUUGUAAUCGUUCCGCUCUCCCAACAAGAAGAAAAAAACUUCCCCAGCAGACUCUAUAAAUUAACGAUAGAAAAUAGGAUUGCAAACCGAAGGGUCUUUACGCCAAGGGUCGGAACUGCUGCUCCCGGUGGAAUUCGAAAGUCAAAAUCAAACGCAUGGACAAUGGUGUAGGCUGUAUAGUGCGGCAGCAGCAUCAGUUUGUAGUCAGUCACCGGAAGUUGCAUGAGAAUGUGAAAUAACAGAUUUUACUAGAUUACGAUGAAGCAAGAUAUUGAAACUAUGAAGUAUUUACAAGAGAUUUAUUGCGAUUCAGCCGAAGUUUAAAUUAUUCUGUUUAACGUCAGUAGAACACUUUGCGGAGAAAGAAGGAGGGGGCAUAAAUUGAAGACGCAAAAAAAAAAAUGAGAAAAACAAGUCGGAAAUCCAAAAGAACCCAUACGUGUAAUGUGUUAAAUACAAUCCAUAACGAGAUAUGGAAGAAUACCAGGAAGACGAGAGACAGAAAACUUCUACCAUAUAAUAGUUAAGAAACACGUCGGUGAGAUUGGUUGUUGAGUUUUAAGUUUGUCCCGCGGCGCGAGAUGUUACACGAUUACGAAUAAUAGAUAUAUUAUAGUUACAUCUCACGCAUGCACACUGUUCAGUUCAGCAGUUAGACCCUCAUAGAUAACCUGCUUAUGCAGAUACAGACGCUUGCUUUCAACGCUGUCGUGAAACAAGGGCAAAGAAAAUAGCUGAAUUUCAUCAAACCAUGAUUUUGUCGUGACGACGAACGCCUCCUAGUUCUUAGUUUUAGAGACAUUAUUGAGUUUUAAGCAUUAACAGACAGAUUUUAUUCAUAUUGAGAAAAAUCUUUACCUCCUAAGCCGCCGCUUGUUGAGCAGCCACAAAAGUUCGUCUUCAGUUGUUAGGUUUUAACUGAAACUUAGUUUAAAUGAAAAAAAGAUGAAGAUUUUGAACACUAGUGUGGAAAACAUCGAUAUUAGUCAAAACAGAUGCGAUUAUUUGCCAGAGUGUUAUAUUUGAGUUCAGUCAAACGUGUGCAUGUGCGAAAUUGUCGUAACCGGAAGAGUGUGCCACUACGUGGAUAUGUAUCGGGCUUAGUAAGUAGAGAAGAGAUGGUUUCGUGAGAAUUUCCCAUUCGUGAAGAAAACUGAGAACUUAACAGAAAAGACUUGACAUGUAAGUUGAAAACGUGACCACAUAUAUGUUGUGUAUAGACACCGCACCACCGGGCAAUCUCGUCCGUUGAUCGUUCCCUUUUUAAUCGGCUGUCACGUAGAGAAAUGUUAUCGAUGGUCCUGUUAUUUGUUGUUGACGAUGUGUGUGUGGAUCGGAAUCGGUUUUGUUUUCCUUUGAAUGCACUCUUUUUUCGGUUCCUGUUUGUUCUCAGUCAUGUUUAGUUUCUCGAUUCCGUCGUUUCAGUCUAUGAUUAAUCGAGAUUGAGGUAGAAGCUAAGUAGAUAUUGUUCGAAAGGAGCUAUAAUCUAAACGAGUAUUAACUGUGUAUAUAAUUUUAAUAGGUUCCGUUGAAUAAACUCUUUCAAAUGCUAGUCGCCGAUCUGCGACUGAACGUUA